ACCACCCCCAGAACCUCCGCAGAGUUUAAUUUGUAUCCAGGAUCGAAGCAAGUACGUGCUGGAAAGAUCAACGGAGAGGGGACCUGCCACCAUGUUCCAAGCCGUCACCUUCCCAGUGGCUCUGGUCUUUAUCCUGCAGAUCAGCUCAUCGCUUGAAAGCUGUGGAAAACCGCUAACGAUUCCAAACGGGGUUGUGAAGUACGAGUCGAUGGACAUGGGGAGCUCCGCCUUCUAUCACUGCGACCCAGGCUACUAUGUGAUUGGCAGUCCCAGACGGAUCUGCAGUUAACACGGGUGGCAUGGAGAGUUGCCAACGUGUCGCCCAAAAUCUUGUGGAAGUCCUGGCAACAUUUUAAAUGGAUGGAGCAACGUGUCAAGCAAUGUGUUUGGUGGCAAGGUGACCUUUCACUGUGAUGCGGGGUACUUGAUGGUGGGCAGUGCGGACCGUCUGUGUGAAGCACAGGGUUGGUCAGGCCAAGUGCCAAACUGUGAUGCUAUAAAGUGUGUUGCACCUCCAGCGAUCGACAGCGGGAGUGUGUCUGACCUGCUUGAAGGAGACUUUUGGGAAUACGGAAUGGUGGCCACAUACUCCUGCCAUUCUUCCUACACCUUGAUCGGGGAAAAGGAGAUUGCCUGUUCAGCCUCUGGAAACUGGAGCCACCCUCCACCCAUCUGCAAAGUCGUUAAAUGCUACCCACCAAAGAUUCCCGCAAACAGCAAAGUCUCAUCAGGAUAUGGAUUCCAUUUCAAGUACGGUCAGGCAAUAAGAUACACAUGUGAGGUCGGCUUUGCGAUGAUCGGCAGCAAAAUGAUCGAGUGUUCUGCAGACAACAAGUUUCACCCAGAUCCGCCAACCUGCAACUUAACUGGAUGCUACCCGCCACAUGACAUUGAUCAUGGACGAAUCGAGAAUAAGCAGUCCAUUUAUGCACAACAUGCAACGGUCAAGUACAUUUGCCAGUGGGGCUACAAACUGACUGGCAAUGAAACCAUUAUGUGUACGGGGAAGAACAAGUUUGAUGCUCCUGUCCCCACCUGCCAGCUUAUUUCUUGUGACAGACCCAGCAGUGUCUACAAGGGGAGAUUUACACCAGAUAAAGAUUGGUACGACUACAGAGAUGAAGUCACGUUCAGCUGUAACACUGGAUACAGGAUGGUCGGCAGGGACAGCAGUCGGUGCGGUCAGGAUGGGACAUUCCACCCACCUCCCCCCAGGUGUGAGAAAGUUCCUUGUGACAGACCCAGCAGUGUCCACAAGGGGAGAUUUACACCAGAUAAAGAUCGGUACGUCUACGGAGAUGAAGUCACGUUCAGCUGUAACACUGGAUACAGGAUGGUCGGCAGGGACAGCAGUCGGUGCGGUCAGGAUGGGACAUUCCACCCACCUCCCCCCAGGUGUGAGGCAGUUCCUUGUUACAGACCCAGCAGUUCCAACGAGAAGAGAUUUACACCAGAUAAAGGUUGGUACGUCUAUGGAGAUGAAGUCACGUUCAGCUGUAACACUGGAUACAGGAUGGUCGGCUGGGGCAGCAGUCGGUGCAAUCAGGAUGGGACAUUCCACCCACCUCCCCCCAGGUGUGAGAAAGAAUCCUAUCCAAAGGGAAUACUCACAAUCCAGGAUCUGAUGAAGGUGAUCCUACCAAAGGCCGGUGACAUCAUGGAGGAGAUGAAGUCCAUCAUCAAACUGGAACAUCAACUCCUCCAGAAGGAAGAGAACAUCAUUGCAAACUUCCGAGAGAUUUUCCAACUCAUUGAACAAUUUGUUAACAGCACGAGCAUCACUUACUAACUCUAGCUUUACACUUGUUAUUGUUUUUCUGCAAACCUCCUCUUCAUUACAAUCCCCCUGAUCAAUUCUAGAAGCUUCUGAAGUCUGAAAUUCUAAUCUUCUGAAAUAAAGUUGGACGUGA